UGGUUUGGACAAAAAAAAACACACAACUCCAAUCUUACAUUUCGUGCUCACUGAGUACAUCUGGUUACGUUGGACAUAUUUACACACCAAUGUAAUAUAUUUGGACGCAUUUCUUUUCAACUCUCAAAGACCGUGUAAAUCAACUACGUCAAGCUCACCUCCAGUACUUCAAGUAACGAUACAUAAGGCACAGAUACACAUUUUGAGUGUAAAAAUGUAAGAGACAAUCUAUACAAACACAGGUGGAGAAUCCAACAAUGCAGACCAUGGAUAUUGACAAAGACACAUAUGCCAACAAGCCCAGAAAAAAGGAUUACAUCGGUGUUACAUUUUCAGCUAACUUUCAGUGGUGGAAGAGACCAUCCGGAGUUGCUGCAGUGUGUCUGGGGCUGCUGUGUGUUCUCCUAUUGGCUGGGAUCAUAGGCCUGUCUGUCUACUAUACCCGAGUCAUUGGUCAUUACUACUCUGCAGAGAGAUUCCAGACGUCCAGUUUGAACAACCUGACUAAAGAGAGAGACCAGCUAAAGACCAGUUACACCACCCCAACUAAAGAGAGAAACCAGUUAAAGACCAGUUACAACACCCUGACUAAAGAGAGAAACCAGUUACAGACCAGUUACAACACACUGACUAAACAGAGAGACCAGCUACAGAUCAGUUACAACACCCUGACUAAAGAGAGAGACCAGCUACAGAGCAGAUACAACAACCUGACUAAAGAGAGAGACCCGCUACAGAACAGUUACAACACCCUGACUAAAGAGAGAGACCAGUUACAGACUAGAUACAACACCCUGACUAAAGAGAGAGACCAGUUACAGACCAGUUACCACACCCGGACUAAAGAGAGAGACCAGUUACAGACCAGUAGUAACAACCUGACUAAAGAGACAGACCAGCUACAGACCAGAUACAACACCCUGACUAAAGAGAAAAACCAGUUACAGACAAGUUCUAACACCCUGACUAAAGAGAAAGACCUGCUACAGACCAGUUAUAACACCCUGACUAAAGAGAGAGACCAGUUACAGACCAGAUACAACACCCUGACUAAAGAGAGAGACCAGUUACAGACCAGAUACAACACCCUGACUAAAGAGAGAGACCAGUUACAGACCAGUAGUAACACCCUGACUAAAGAGAGAGACCAGUUACAGACCAGUAGUAACACCCUGACUAAAGAGAAAGACCAGCUACAGACAAGUUAUAACACCCUGACUAAAGAGAGAGACCAGUUACAGACCAGUUACAACACCCUGACUAAAGAGAGAGACCAGUUACAGACCAGUUACAACACCCUGACUAAAGAGAAAGACCACUUGAAGGAAGAGCUAAACAAACAGAGCUGUGGAUGGAAGAAGUUUAAGUCCAGUUUGUAUUACCUCUCUACUGAGAAGAAAUCCUGGACAGAGAGCAGGCAGGACUGUCUGGGACGAGGAGCACACCUGGUGAUCAUUAACAGCAAAGAGGAACAGGAAUUUAUCCAUGAAUGGAGUGGAUGCCUGGAAAUCUAUCUUGGUUUCCAUGACACCAAUACAGAGGGGGUUUGGGAGUGGAUUAACGAUGGCGCAUUAGACCAAUCAUCAGCUCCUGUCACUACGUAUUGGAGGGAUGGGGAACCAAACGAUGCAAAUCAGGGUGAAGACUGCGCUCAUCUCUCAAAGAUGGCAUCAGACCCACUAAAGAGUUGGAACGACGUACCAUGCACAAUGAAUAAGCACUGGAUGUGUGAGAAGACAACGUCCACAUUGUAAUUAUGUGUUUAGAGUUUUGAAACAUGAGACAUUUUGAUGAUCUGUUUUAGAUGUUUGUGUUAAACUCAUUCUUGUGAAAAUUUGGCAAAGUGAUUGGGGGAAAAAACAUAGGUAAAUUGACCCUUAUCUGAGCAUGGUGGGCUAACACACUCUGUGGUGGGCUAACACACUCUGUGGUGGGCUAACACACUCUGUGGUGGGCUAACACAGUCUGUUCUUGCACAUAUGACCCUGGUUCAAAACCCAGCCGGCUACAUAAACAGCCUAAAAUUCUCAUUUGGAUAUCCAAUGUGACUAGAUUAUGUUUUAUUUUGUAAUGAAAUCCCAACAUUAUAUUAUCAGAAACUGUUAUGGAUUUAAGUGGACUGGCGAAGCAGCUUAAGUAAUAGAAAUCCUGAUGUAUUAGCAAAGAAACGUAACAGCUUAUUAUUUAACAGUACAAAGUUAGUAUAAACCAUGUAUGCUGUAUUGGUAAUAUAAUGGCUCAGUAUAGACCAUGUAUGCUGUCCUGGUAAUAUAAUGGCUCAGUAUAGACCAUGUAUGCUGUAUUGGUAAUAUAAUGGGGCACUAUAGACCAUG